ACAUAAUAACACAAGUACACAACAUAUACACAUUAAUUAUAAUUAUUAACAUUACUAAUUAUUCCAGAGAGAGAGUGAGAAGAUGAAGAAGAUAUGGGUUGUGUUAGUGGCUAUGUUCAUGAUUAGUGUGUCUAAAGGAGAAGGGAAAUUAGUGGAGAAUUUUUAUGGUCAAACUUGUCCAAACGUUGAAUCAAUUGUGACACAGGCAGUUACCACUAAGUUUCAUCAAACUAUCAAGAUACUUCCCAGGUUCCAACCUAGACUACUAGAUUUAAAACUCGUUGACUAUAAGAGUUGGUGGCAAAUUAAAAUUGAAUUGAUUAUUUAUGCACAGGGUUGUGAUGCGUCAGUGAUGAUAGCGUCGCCAAAUGGGGAUGCAGAAAAGGAUGCCUCAGAAAAUCUCUCACUGGCAGGAGAUGGCUUUGAUACAGUUAUUAAGGCCAAAGCCGCCGUUGAAGCCUCAUGUCCUGCCGUUGUUUCUUGCGCAGACAUUUUGGCACUCGCUACCAGAGAUGUUAUAGCCUUGCUUGGUGGGCCUUCAUACAGAGUAGAACUUGGACGCAGAGAUGGACUUGUUUCCAAGGCAUCAAGUGUGGACUCUAACCUUCCGAAAGCAAGUUUCAACCUUAACCAACUAAACAAAAUGUUCUCAAAACACAACCUCACCCAAACCGACAUGAUUGCGCUCUCAGGAGCACACACCGUUGGCUUCUCACACUGCAACCAAUUCUCAAACCGUUUGUACUCCUUCCAAUCCUCGUCCCACGUGGACCCCACCCUUGAUCCAAACUAUGCACAACAACUUAAAUCAGAUUGCCCUCAACAAAGCGUUAACCCAAGCGUCGUCAUAGCUCUGGACCCCCAAACAUCCUUCACUUUCGACAACUUGUAUUACAAAAACUUGGUUUCCGGCCAAGGGCUGUUGGAAUCAGACCAGACUCUGUUUACGGACCCGGCGUCGCAGGCUACGGUUGUUGAGUUUGCGAAUAACCAGAAUGAGUUCUUUGUGGCCUUUGUUGCGGCCAUGAGGAAGCUUGGAAGGGUGGGUGUCAAGACUGGUAAUGAUGGAGAGAUUAGAAGAGACUGUACAACAUUCAAUUCAUGAUCUGUUGUUAAAUAAUUUAUAAGAGUUGGUCAGUGGGAAAAGUUUAGUUUAUAUGGUUAUUAAUUAGGUGUAUGUCACAAAUUAAUGAACUAGCUACCUACUCCAAAAUUAGGUUCUUGUGUGGGCUUAAAGAAGCUCAUAAUUUAUUGAAAAUGAUUUCUUCUGUAAUUUUAUUGUUAGAUUUUGUCCAUAAUAGGGCAAUAAUCUGUAUGUUCAUUAAAUUAAGUUAAAUAAUUAUUUUGUUUUAA